AUGUCAAGUUCUGCUGGUUUCGAUAGACAUAUCACAAUAUUUUCUCCGGAAGGGAGAUUAUACCAAGUAGAAUAUGCAUUCAAGGCGAUCAACGCACCAGCUAUCACCUCAAUUGGAGUUACUGGUGAAGACUCUGCCGUUUUGAUCUCUCAAAAGAAGAUACCAGAUAAGUUGUUAGACACUAAGACGAUCUCGUAUAUAUUUAAAAUCACGCCGUCGAUAGGAAUGGUUGCUACUGGUUCGAUCUCCGAUGCCAGAGCACAAGCAUUAAGGGCUCGUGCCGAAGCCGCAGAGUUUCGUUACAAAUACGGGUAUGAAAUGCCAGUUGAGAGUUUAGCGAAAAGAAUUGCAAACUUGUCCCAAUUAUAUACUCAAAGGGCAUAUAUGAGACCUCUAGGAGUUGCUUUGACUUUCUGCCAGGUUGAUAUCGAAGAUGAGAAUAGAGGACCCCAGAUUUUUAAAUGUGAUCCAGCUGGAUACUUCACUGGCUACAAAGCUGUUGCAACGGGUCCUAAACAGCAAGAGGCUACUACGUACUUGGAAAAGAAAUUCAAAAAGAUAGACCAUGUUAAAGGUGACUGGAAAGCCACUGUAGAAUUUGCGAUUACAGCUUUGGGUACUGUUCUUGGAACGGAAUUUAGAAAAAAUGACAUUGAAAUUGGUGUUGCUACUGAGGAAGGAUUCCGUAUUUUAACGCCUGACGAAAUUGAUGAAAGAUUGGUUACAAUUGCAGAACAAGAUUAA